AGCCAGAAGAUAAAUCGAUUCUGCUAACCUGACAGAAUAGACGAUGAACUCAUCAUCAAGCUAGUGCACUUGACUGCAAAUCAUAAGAGUGAGUUUGUAUCUCAGAGCGACCUGGAUUCAAAAGCGUCGGUCUUGUUGGCUCUGUCUACGCUAGACAAGCAGUGUGAAGGCACAAGUGAGGGAGCAUACCACACAGCGUUUAAGAGACUGUGAGCAAUGCUGGAAUGUAUGAGGAGGUUAGAAGCUGGCAUUUCUGUUCGAAGGGCUCGUUGAUUAUAACUCACGGCAGUUACCCACCGCGUUAAUAUUUCCUCGUGAACAACUGAACAAUUUUACUCACCUCUUACUAACCCGCAAAGCCCAACAGCCAGCCGCGAAGAUGUCAGACGACUGGAGUGUCUCAGAAAAUCCGGAGUUUAAGCCAGGAAGCAUCACUGUCCCGGUCAUCUUCUCCCUGAUCUUCCUGCUCGGGACAGUGGGGAACGGUUUAGUCCUGGCCGUUUUGCUGAGGAACGGGCAGAUGAGCUACAGCACCACCAACCUCUUCAUCUUAAACCUCAGCAUCGCCGACCUGUUCUUCAUCAUCUUCUGCGUGCCCUUUCAAGCUACCAUCUACACACUGGAUGGAUGGGUGUUCGGCUCAUUCAUGUGCAAAGUCGUCCACUUCUUCAUAUACCUCACCAUGUACGCCAGCAGCCUGACCUUAGCUGCUGUGUCUGUGGACAGAUACCUGGCGAUCAGAUACCCGCUGAAGUCUCGUGAUCUCCGCACGGCACGGAAUGCGGCGGGUGCUAUCGCGGUGAUCUGGGCCCUCUCGAUCAUCUUUGCCGGGCCUUACCUGAGCUACUACCAAAUCGUCCACUAUAACGGCGUCCCCAUCUGCAUGCCCAUCUGGGAGGACCGGCGUAGGAAGAUCAUGGACAUUUCGUCCUUCGUGUUCGGCUACCUGAUACCCAUGGCCAUCCUGAGCCUGGCUUACGCCAGGACCAUCAAGUUCCUGUGGACCUCGGUGGACCCCAUCGAGACCAUCUCGGAGUCGAAGAAAGCGAAGCGCAAGGUGACCAAGAUGAUUAUUAUCGUGGCCGCUCUCUUCUGCCUCUGUUGGCUGCCCCACCACCUGAUCAUCAUGUGGUUCUGGUUCGGACACUUUCCCUUCAUCAAAGCCACCUAUGUCUUCAGGAUCGUGGCCCACUGCAUGUCCUACGCCAACUCCUGCCUCAACCCCAUUGUGUACGCGCUGAUUUCCAAGCAUUUCCGCAAGCGUUUCAAGCAGGUGUUCGCCUGCCUGCUCAAGAAGAAGAGCAAAGCAGUCAACAACAAGGUCCAUGUUGUCCAUGUGGCCAAUGUGGGAUUCUUCCCCACCAACACUGAGGUUUCACAGAUCAACGAGGAGAACUGUAAGAUCCUGCGGACGGGCGGGACAGAAGACGAGACGGGGCCGGGUCAACAGAGACGUUCCCUGAGACAGCACGUCCCACGCUGUCCCUAGAUCGAGCCACAGAGCUGAUGAAAUUGCCAGCAGAUCUUUUUCCUUUGUCCGGUCAUGGCAAACGGGCGAGUGAGCCAGAGCCAGGCUGGAGAGUUCCAGAAGGAUCCUAGCUACUCUGUCUCAAGAGUUACUCUUUGGAGUGAAUAAACUGGGCCUCUUGUUAAUAAUAUAUUAUCUCUGAUAUCGUGCAGCUACACUUGCGAACAAACAACCGUCAGAAAUAACAGAACCGAACAGCUGGUCUUUUGAUCCAAGAGACUGAAAAGUCUUGUGCUGUGGACCCUGUGGACUUUGAUGGAUCCCAUCAGGGCCAUUGUAGAAUUCAAGAGGAAGGGAAUUAUCCAAAGCGUUCAUCCUAGUCGCUGACCUCUCCUGCCUUAAUUGGCUGCCAAACCACCGCCCCUUCUCACCAUCGCGUAAUUGUCAUUGGCUUCUUGUCCUGCUGCCAGCUGUGACUGUUGACCCCAACCGUGCCUUCGAUCAGCCUCCUUCCUCACCCCUCCACUCUCCCCGAU